AUGAACCUCGUGGGCAGCUACGCACACCAUCACCACCAUCACCACCCACACCCGACGCACCCCAUGCUCCACGAACCCUUCCUCUUCGGCCCGGCCUCGCGCUGUCACCAGGAGCGGCCCUACUUCCAAAGCUGGCUGCUGAGCCCCGCUGACGCUGCCCCAGACUUCCCCGCCGGCGGGCCACCGCCCACAGCCGCAGCGGCCCCCGCAGCCUACGGUCCCGACGCCAGGCCGGGCCAGAGUCCCGGGCGGCUGGAGGCGCUCGGAGGCCGCCUGGGCCGGCGGAAAGGCUCAGGACCCAAGAAGGAGCGGAGGCGCACGGAGAGCAUUAACAGCGCAUUCGCAGAGCUGCGCGAGUGCAUCCCCAACGUGCCCGCGGACACCAAGCUCUCCAAGAUCAAGACUCUGCGCCUGGCCACCAGCUACAUCGCCUAUCUGAUGGACGUGCUGGCCAAGGACGCACAGGCCGGCGACCCCGAAGCCUUCAAGGCCGAACUCAAGAAGGCGGAUGGCGGCCGCGAGAGCAAGAGGAAAAGGGAGCUGCAGCAACACGAAGGCUUUCCUCCUGCCCUGGGCCCAGGCGAGAAGAGGAUUAAAGGGCGCACAGGCUGGCCACAGCAAGUCUGGGCGCUGGAGUUAAACCAGUGAGCCGAGGCCGCGCCGAGGACCCUGCCACGGCUGCCCGACCCCGGAGCCCCGGGAGGAGAGGAAGGCGGCGGCGGUGAGGGCCAGGCUCUGAGUGCCGGGGGCUUCUAGGGGCGCAUCCCAAGGAGGCUCUGCUGCGUGCUGGCAGGUCGCCGGCUGCAACAACACUCUUGGAUCGCACGUGCAAUGUCAUUUGAAAUUGUUUUUAAUACAUUGAGAGAAAGAGAAAUAUAUAUAUAUAUCCACCCCCCCCCCCCCCAAGCCAGAGGGCGGCUCUUGGCUGCACAAUGUGGGAGAGAGGGACUGCGGGACUCAAGCGCGCUAAAACGCACCCUUCCAACCCUUCUGGGGCGAAUUUAGAACCCCCGAUGCUUUCUCCACUUGGCCUACUGGCUCUUUUUCUCGUCCUCCUGUCUGCUUUGCGGCAAAUCCCCCAGGCGCUCUUUUCUCAAAUUAAAAUGCAAUAAGAGGAAUCAAUAGUUUUCUGCCAGGGAAAGAAUCAAACCAGGAAGAUGAAGGGCUGCCUUUUGUCAUUCUCC